GUAAAUACAAGAUGACAACGACUAUUACAACAGCGUCUACAAUAAAAUAUGCUUCCCCGGCAGCCAUCUUACAAAUUAAUGAUCAAACUGAUCGAGAGUUGUUUGAUGACAGCACAACCGUAAGCAGCCUUGAUAGCUUCCAUGACAUCAUCACUCCAAUGGAACUGGGGUCUGUUAUGAGCGAGCUUCAAGCCUCCGUUAGCAGAAAGCACCAAGAGCAAGAAGACAGACAUCACAGCACUUUAACGAACCAACAACAACAACCAGUGUCUCUCCGACCCCUCGAUAGAAUAAAGCAGCAGCAACAGCGCCUACCCGCUGAGUUUGAUGGAACCCACAAUAAGCAGCAAUUCAUUGGCAGUGCCUCUGCAAACCAAAUUGUAUUAAAACGUGUGGAUCCCAAAGCCGUCCAGCCGAAUACUAUGAACCCAAGAGAGCAAGAGAUUGCAGACGAAUUACUACUCACAGGUAUUCGUCACUUGUUCAGUAACCGUUUUAUGAAAGCAAAAAGCGUGUUUGAAGAGCAGGCAAAUACUGAUCCUGCGUAUGCAUUGGGGUUGGGCUUUAUGUCUUUUAUGAAAGCGAUGAUGUCAACAGAUUUUCAAGCAACAAAAGAUGCUCUACAGGUAUUAACGACAACAUGCAAUCUCGCAACCGCUCAAAUAAAUAACACCACAAAAAAGCACAUGGGGGGUUCGAUUUUCCAGCACAUCACAUCUUACUGCAAAUCCUUUAGAUCAGUUGGGCUAACUUCAGGUUUUCCUGUUCAUAUCAAACCAUCGAAGCCUUCGACUAUCCAAAUGCAUAGAUCACAUAUUGUACCCAAUGGGAUCCUAAGAGCGCACAUUGCAAACGGGGAAGCAAGCCUUCAGAUGGCCAUUUUGUAUUUGGUCCAACAAACGUCAGUGGGGUAUAUCAAAAGCGGUGUUUAUUUAAAGAAAGCGUAUACAAGUUAUAGUUAUGUAUGGCAGGAAUAUAAACGCUUGGGUCAACUACAUAACCAAUACAUGGAUAGAGACACCAUGUGCGGAAUGCAAGUUGGAAUUGCUUCGAUCCACUUGAUACUUUCAGCAUUACCACGUAAGAUACUGGAUAAGGUGUCGCCAUCACAAUUUAAGUGGAAGCCGGACAGGCAUUUAGGUUUUGCGCUGCUGAAACUAUCUGCAGAGAUUGGUCAAAGUAAAACGCCCACAGCUCUGUUGACAUUAUUAGCCUAUUUCACAACAACAGUAAGCAUUUGCCCUGAGAUACUUGCCAGUGAAUAUCUUCAACCUGCUAUUGAAACACUGUUAGAAGCCCAAAAAAUAUAUCCUCACUCGGCCAUGUUUUUAUAUUUUGCGGGCCUUGCAUCUCGAAUAGCACGCAAUUUGGUUUUAUCAACCCAAUCCUUAGUCUAUGCUAUUGAAACAAGCAAAGCAGAAUGGAUGGAAGUUGAGGUAUUUCAGAACUGUAGUUACGAAAUAGCCUUCAACCAUAUGAUGAAAAAUGAGUGGAAAGAAGCCGCUGUUUUGUUUGAACAACUUUAUAGGGAAAAUUACUGGUCGCCUAUUGUAUGUAAAUACUUAGCGGCUGCUUGUACAGAUAUGUUGGGGCACAGAACUGAAGCCAUGGUGACAUUUGCCGACGUUUUGCAAUUAAUAUCAAAAAAAGAGAUGCUGACGAAGGAUUUAGAAUUCUACAUCCAACGAAAAUUAGACAUGUUCCAGUCGGCAGGCUACCAAGAUAUGGACAUGACAUUAUGUGCCUUGGAGUACAUGUACCUAUUCAACGCUUAUGAGUUUAUGGAUGAGAUACAACUAGAACAGAAUUUGGCUGUUGUUGACGAUGCACUGGAUCGGAUUUUGGAAGCAGAGAUCAUGGAAUACAAGCUUCGAGCAAAAGAGUUGUUGCCAGAGACACCGCCGCCAGCCUACUAUGACCAGCGGGGCGUCUUACUAUUAUUGAAAGCUGCUAUUCUAAAUGCCAUGAGGCGAUACCAAUAUUCUAUAAUUCAUCUGAACUGGAUUUUAGAUCAUAUAGACAAAAUUAUGGUGGAUAAAUGGAUCAUUCCAUAUGCUUAUUGGGAAGCUGGAGUCACUUCUUGGAAUACAGAACAAAAACCGAGAGCACGCUAUUUUUGGGAAACUGCUUUGACACAAACCGGUCAUGGAUUCGAGAAUAGAGUGACUAUGAAAGUACAUUUAGCUUUGACAAAAGCACAGGAAAUGAACAUACAAAGAGAAAAGAUCACGAAACGAACAACUACGAUGAAUUUAGGCUAUAUGCACUCCUAUCAUCCACCAUCUUUGCUGAAUAAUACAGACAAUAGUGCUUAUUCAGAACAUGAUGGUGACAGUCCUUUGGAUUAUGAUAAAUCGACAAUUGGCACUACUACUGUAUCAGAAUCUUCCACUACGGAAAACUCCACAGUACAUCCGACUAUGAACGUCCAGGCAAAAUUUGAAGAGGAAUUUGAUCAAGCUGACCAUGCUUUGGACGAGUUGAAAAUAAGAGCUUGCAAUCAAACAUGAUCUCUAACACUAUAGACUACUUAAUGACUCCAUUUUUACUGUAUUUAUUAUGAUGAAACUGAAUCUAAUAUAAAGUUGCAAUAGAGGAAAUAUUUGCUGCUAUUGAGUAUCUUUGUCACGUAGCGUAGAGGUGGUUACCUUAUCUAUUUCUUUCCUGGCUGUGAUAAAGGGAAAACUCCCCCUUGAAAAAAAAAAAAGUACAACUAUCUUAAUGGCCAUCCUGAC